UACGUGAUGUCAGGGGUACCGCUUUGUCAACUUAUCGCAACCUUCCAUACCAGUCUCUUUCAAGUCAAAGCAACAUAGCACUACUCUUCGGGCCGUAUCACACUCAAGCAAACAGCAGUCACCCGGACCGAUACCUACUAUCCCCAAUCCAAUCGCCGGCUUAGGAUAUUAGAGUGGAAACUCAGCGUUGAUAAGCUGCCCGUAAACGGAGUCUAGGGAGUGGGGUUGGGCCGUGCGCUCCGGACCUAACAGGCCAUAGCAAACGCCUGUAGAUAAGCAAAGUGAGUUGAUCGCCAUUCUCACUGCCGAGGUAGAAGACCGUUCUAUGCGGGCACCUAUAUCUGGAUUAGCAGCUAGCAUCUUCGAGACUUAGCACUCUAAGCUUAUCUUUUAUACACAACUACCGCUAUCUAACAAGAGAACACCUCCAGCCUGGGUUUAACAACUUUGCUAAGAUAUAAAGAAGAGCUAUAGCGACCUAGAUAUUCUUACAUCGCGUCACCAACCUACUCCAUCAUGGCGCAACACCCUUUCGCGGAUUUAACGGCCGCCGAGAUUAUUGAAGCUCGGGAUUUGAUACAGGCCCAACACCCUAGAACUAUAUUGUCAUUCAAAGCCAUCACGUUAGAUGAACCCGAUAAAAAGUUAAUGAAGCAAUUCUUGGAAGCAGAACAUGCAGGACAAAAAGCCCCAGCUCCCGAUAGAAUUGCAUAUUGCCCGUAUUAUUUGAGGGGUACAACGACUUUCUUUGCUGCACAUGUCAAUCUCACUACCAAAAAAGUUGAAAGAUCCAGCAACACUGGUGUGCAUGGCAAUGCGGAUUUUGGGGAAGUGUUGGAGGUAGAGAAAGCGGUUAUGGAAGCUCCGGAAGUUAAGGCGGAGAUCGCCAAGCUCAACCUCCCAAGUCAUUUGGAGGUAAUUCCGGAGCCUUGGAUAUUCGGGUCAGAUGGAGUUAAUGACCUAAAUCGCCAAUAUCAAGUAUAUAUGUUUGUUCGUGAAAAGGGAAAAUUGGAUAGUAACCAUUAUGCUCGUCCAUUGCCCUUUUCGGCCGUUUUCAAUCCGACGGAGAUGAAGCUUGUCUCAGUAGAACAUAUGCCGACCGGUGCGGACCAUACAACUAAGGAACAUGGUGCAUAUAAGGAGAUACCACCCAAUGACUAUACUCCUGAGUCUGUUCAAUUGAGAACCGAUCUCAAGAGGCUUAACGUGGUUCAGCCGGAUGGACCCUCGUACACCAUCUCUUCUGAUAGGGUUCUACGCUGGCAGAAAUGGGAGUUGCGGCUUGGCUUUACAUACCGCGAAGCGCUUGUACUGAGAGAUGUCCGAUAUGAUGGUAAGCCGCUCUUCUACCGAGUUAGUUUAAGCGAGAUGACCGUUCCGUACGGAGACCCGAGAUCACCGUACCAUCGGAAAAUGGCAUUCGACUUAGGUGACGUCGGAGCCGGGAUGGUAGCCAAUGAUCUAAAGCUGGGUUGCGAUUGUUUGGGUGUGAUUACGUAUCUAGAUGGUCUUGUCUGCGACCGGGAUGGUACACCGGUUGUGAAGGAGAACGCGGUUUGCAUCCAUGAGCAAGACAACGGGAUUGGCUGGAAGCAUACUAAUUACCGAACCGAGAAUGCUUUCGUGGUGCGAAAUCGAGAACUCGUCCUUCAAAGUAUCCUAACGGUGUCAAACUACGAGUAUAUUCUGAUGUUCAUUCUGAACCAAGCCGGGGAACUAGAAUAUCAAGUUCGUGCAACCGGUAUUCUUUCGACAUCAGCCGUAGAUGAGGGCGUCAAUGUCGACUUUGGCACUGUAGUGCACCCCGGCGUGUUAGCAGCACAUCAUCAACAUAUCCUUUCGUUGCGCAUCGAUCCGGCGCUAGGCAGCUAUGAAGAUGGACAAUCACUCAUUGCGCAAGAGUCGUAUGCUAUGCCAAUCGAUGAAUACAAUCCGCACGGCACUGGCUAUCGCGCCGUCCGCAACACAAUCACGAAAGAGGGUGGAUAUGAUCUUGACUCGGCGAAAGGUAGAACCUACAUGAUACAGAACGGCCACAUGCCCAAUGCAGUCAAUGGACUCCCGGCUUCCUACAAGGUCGUGUUUCCGCCAAUGCAGCCCUUAUUAGCCCAUUCAUCGAGUUUCAACGCCAAAAGAGCCGAAUUCGCCGAUCAUCACAUUUAUGUCACAAAAUAUCGACCAGAUGAGCUAUUCUCUGGUGGGAAAUAUACGAACCAAAGCCGUGGUGGCGCCGGUAUAAAAAGCUGGAUCGCAACCAACAAUGCGGACGUUGAAGAUGAGGACAUAGUCGUUUGGGUGCAGUUCGGCCUAAACCACAUUCCUAGAAUUGAAGAUUUUCCGGUUAUGCCUGUUGAGAUUGUCAGCGUACAUCUCAAGCCAGUCAAUUUCUUUACUCGUAACCCGGCACUUGACGUGCCACAAUCUACACAGGCGCAUAAUAGGUCUAUUGAGCAUAAAGUUGGGACUGAUACCAAUGGUAUUUCUAAACUAUAA